AAAUGUUGAUAAGUAACUUUCCUAUACAAAUAGAGGUGAAAGAAUAAUUUGAGCUGAAUGUAAACAAGAGGUUUGUAAAGGUUAGAGGAAGUGAAGAAUUUAGAUGUGAUUGGGGAUUCAAUUGGUCUCCUUCUUUCAACGUUGUCUCCUUUAAACAGCUUUUUGGAUUUUUGAAGAGGAAAACAACUGAGGGGAGGAUGGAGCUGAUAUGGGCAGGAGUUCUGCUUCUUCUCUGUAUACUUUUCACCCUUUUCUCAUCUUUCCAAAUGUACAAGAAAUAAGUGCAGCUGCCCCCUGGACCUACUCCAUGGUCUAUUCUGGGGAACCUCUUUCAGCAAGAUGUACUACCUCUAAAUAAAUCCUAUAAAAAGCUUACAGAGAAGUAUGGACCUAUAUUUAAUAUCUGGACUGGAUCAAAACCAAUGGUUGCUCUUUGUGGAUAUGAGGUGGUAAAAGAUGCUUUGAUAAAUCAAGCAGAAGAAUUUGGUGGGCGAACUAAUACGCCCUUUCACAGACGAGUGUUCCAAAAUAAAGGAAUAUCUACAAAUGAUGAUAAGAAACAGAGGGAGCUGCGACGGUUCACACUGUCCACCUUGCGAGAUUUUGGAAUGGGGAAGAAAAGAAUGUCUGAGAGGGUGCAGGAGGAAGCCCUUUGUCUGGUGGAGGAAAUGGCUGCCACAAAAGGGCAGCCUUUUGACCCAAGAAGAAAUUUGGCAAGUGCUGUUUCUAAUGUGAUCUGUGCAGUCGUCUUUGGCAAUCGAUAUGAUUACAAAGAUCAAACCUUCAUAGAGAACCAGCAGAUUAUGGAGUCUCAAAUAAGAUUUCUGACUAGUUUCCUAGGACAGGUGUACAAUACUUUUCCAAAAACAAUGGAAUACUUUUUUGGACGACAUAUCGAGUCUGAGACUGAAAAAGUCUAUGAUUAUAUCCAUGAGAAAGUGGAAUUGCACAAGAAGACAUUGGAUCUCCAGAACCCACGUGACUAUAUAGAUUGCUUCCUUCAUAGAAUGGAGAAGCUUUUUGGAUUUUUGAAGAGGAAAACAACUGAGGAGAGGAUGGAGCUGACAUGGGCAGGAGUUCUGCUUCUUCUCUGUAUACUUUUCACCCUUUUCUCAUCUUUCCAAAUGUACAAGAAAAAAGGGCAGCUGCCCCCUGGACCUACUCCAUGGCCUAUUCUGGGGAACCUCUUUCAGCAAGAUGUACUACCUCUAAAAAAAUCCUAUAAAAAGCUUAUAGAGAAGUAUGGACCUAUAUUUACUAUCUGGAUUGGAUCAAAACCAAUGGUUGCUCUUUGUGGAUAUGAGGUGGUAAAAGAUGCUUUGAUAAAUCAAGCAGAAGAAUUUGGUAGGCGAACUAAUACGGCCUUUCACAGACGAGUGUUCCAAAAUAAAGGAAUAUCUACAAAUGAUGAGAAGAAAUGGAGGGAGCUGCGACGGUUCACACUGUCCACCUUGCGAGAUUUUGGGAUGGGGAAGAAAAGAAUGUCUGAGAGGGUGCAGGAGGAAGCUCUUUGUCUGGUGGAGGAAAUGGCUGCCACAAAAGGGCAGCCUUUUGACCCAAGAAGAAAUUUGGCAAGUGCUGUUUCUAAUGUGAUCUGUACAGUCGUCUUUGGCAAUCGAUUUGAUUACAAUGAUCAAACCUUCAUAGAGAACCAGCAGAUUGUGGAGUUUCAAACAAGAUUUCUGACUGGUUUCCUAGGACUGGUGUACAAUACUUUUCCAAAAACAAUGGAAUACUUUUUGGGACGACAUAUCGAGUCUGAGACAGAAAAAGUCUAUGAUUAUAUCCGUGAGAAAGUGGAAUUGCACAAGAAGACACUGGAUCCCCAGAACCCGUGUGACUAUAUUGAUUGCUUCCUUCAUAGAAUGGAGAAGGAGCAGAACUCAUCUGAGGGAAUCUACACUCUUGAUGAUCUUGUGAUUACUGUGCUUACUCUCUUUACUGCUGGGACAAUAACCACAAGCCGAACUUUGCUACGCAGCCUCCUAACAAUGGCUAAAUUGCCACAUAUUCAAGAAAAGACUUGUCCACGGAACAUGAUUUUCCAAGAUGCUACAUCUCCUGGAAAAAAAAUAAAUUUAUAUCUGUCAAGCACCAGGCAAAUCAGGCGAUCCAGGCAGUUGAAAUGGGGAGGCACUCCUUUGUGAGCAGAAGGAUUUCGGGUGAUAACUGGCAUGUCUCUAGCUAGAGUUGAUUGCCCAUAACUGCACAGCUGGGGAAGAACCACCUGCCUCCUGUCAUAGGCCACAGGCUGCACCCUCAGGACCUUUUCUAAAUGCACACUGUGGUGGCACCUAGCAACCCACACUACUGCAGUUCAGCCAAAGCUUGGGGAGGAGUUCUUGCAAAGUUGGAAUUUUAUGGAACUUUAUGGAGUUUUUUUCCAAGUAAGGCCUCAGCCAGAUGGCCCACCAAAUCCUCAGUGAAAAACCCAAGCUUCCUCUGACACCCAAAGAGUCCAUCAGGCACCUUAGAUGGCUGAGUUAAAAACCCUGUCUCCCUGACCUCCGGUGAUGACGGCCGUGGCGAUGGCGGCUUUCUUCAGCCGUCCGCCCUGGGAUGUGUCAAAGCCAGCUGAGACAGCGAGCAACAGCUGUCUCGCGGCUUGGAGCCUCUCUCCCCGGGCAAAGGGGAGGAGGUGAGCUUUCCUCAGAUAGCGGUAGAGCUCCUAAGGCCCCAACAUUUUCUUUUUUGGUGGUCAGAGGGUGAGAGCUCCCACGGAGUCUGGGGUGUUCUCCACAUUCCAGGAUGCCUUUGCCCUGAUUUUUCCAGGGCAAAGCUAGACGCUGCUUCCA